UAGCUGCCUAGUGGAGCAAAGGCCCCUCGUUUCCUUCGGCGUUGCCACUCGCUCCAGAAGCUGCUCCUGCCCGGGCCAGCCGCCGCCACUCCGCUACCCCAGCAAAGCUCCACUCUCGAAGCUACCCUGCCUCCGUAGCUUAGCUCCCUUUCUCCUUCCUUCCAUGGCGUCAGGGGAAGCAGAGCCGCUGCAGUACACGACCACCGUGCUGCGGGUGUCCAUCCACUGCGAGGGGUGCAAGAAGAAGGUCAGGAAGGUGCUCCACAGCAUCGAAGGUGUGUACAAGGUGACGAUCGACGCGACGCAGCACAAGGUGACGGUCACCGGCAGCGUGGCCGCCGACGCGCUCGUCAGGCGUUUGCUCAAGUCCGGCAAGCACGCCGCGCUCUGGCCGAUGCCGGCGCCGGCGCCGGCCGCCACGGAGACCAAGAAGCCCGCUGACGCCCCGCCUCCCGGGAAGGGCGGCAAGGGAACGGAGAAGGUGGACGCCAAGCCUAAGAAGGUGGCCGAGGAGGCAGAGUCGGAGAGCUCGGAGAAGAAGCCAGACAAGGAAGAAGGUUCAGAGAAGAAACCGGGGAAAGCCGGCGGGAAGAAACCCAAGGACGAGGCCGGGAAAGAGGCAGAGGUUCAUGAGAAGAAGGAGAAGGGCUCGCCGGAGCCUCCAUCCAACGAAGCGGCGGCCACCGACGAGGCCCCGGAGGCGGGCGGAGAGGAGACGGGGGGCAAGAAGGGGAAGAAGAAGAAGAACAAGCAGCAGAAGGAUGCCGGCGAGGGGGACGCCGCCACGGAGAAGCCGCCGCCGCCGCAGCAGCAGCAGCAGCAGCAAAAGAUCAAGCAGCCGCAGCCACAGCAGGCGAUGCCGCCCGCGCCGGCGCCGGGGCCGGGGCCAGGGCCAGACCGCGCGCACGGCCACGGCGGCCCGUUCCCGUACUACGCGGCGCAGCCGGUGAUGAGCUACAACAUGGCGCAGCCGAGCGCGAGCUUGUCCUACUACGCGCCCACGCCGGUGGCGUCCGUGCCGCCGCACAUGCCGUACGGCGGGUACGCGCCUUACCCGCCGAUGAUGAUGCCGCCGCCGCCACCGCCGGAGUACAUGUACGGCCCGCCGGGCAUGCGGUCGUCCCCGCCGCAGGAACCCUACAACAACAUGUUCAACGAGGAGAACCCCAGCUCCUGCAGCAUCAUGUGACGCCGCCGCCGCCAGCCGCCGGCGCGGGAUCGAGUCUGUAGUUAAAAGCGGGUAGGGGUGUGGGUGGGGGAGGCUUCGUAAUAGAAGCUUUUGUCUAGGCUGAGUGAGUGGAGUACGUACCCUCUUAAUUAGGUGGUCAAAGCCCUUGCUGACCACACUUUUUCUCUUCAAAUUUUCGACUUGAUUAGCUCGUCAUGUAGUGACAUGAGUAUUUUAUUUCACUAAUAUGGUUAUUUUUCCUA